AUGAGUCUAUUGAAGAUCCCCUUCAUCCUGGUUUCGGCCAUCGGAAUUCAUAUUUCGCUCACUUCCCCUUCUCCGUCACCGUCAUCUAAAGAGUGUGUGGUGCCAUCAGUGUUCGAAUUCAUCACUGAAUGGGGUAUAAAACUUGGCUGCGCGGGGUUAAUGAAGACCAACACAUGGGUAAUAUCGCUUGUUGAAGUGGCAAACAUCUUGGCUACACGUUUAGGUCCCUCGGAUAUUCCAGAAGGCAUUAGUGGCACUAGAGCUAUGCAGCUUUUGCGCGUCCCCCACCCUACACCAAUCACCCCCGCUUUCCUCGUCGGCAGUAUUGCCAUCGCACUUGGUGGCGCAUUGAGACUUUAUUGCAUGUCGACGUUAGGAAAAUUUUGGAGCUUCAAUCUCAGCGUUAGAAAAGAGCACAGACUUGUGACAAGCGGGCCGUACUCAGUAGUGCGCCACCCAAGCUACACUGGUCUCCUUCUCCAAAGUGCUGGGAUGGCUGUUGCGUACGGGAGCCAAGGAUCAUGGAUGAGGCAGUCCGGGAUCUUCCGUCCUGCAUUGGAGGACCAAAUGUUGCAGCGUGCUCUGGGAGAAGAAUGGGAGAAUUGGGCAAAGGAAGUAAGAUAUCGGCUUGUUCCUGGAAUUUAUUGAUUACUACACACAUAAUGCUAGCUAUAGUAGGCGCACACUGUAACUGACAAGAGUGAGAAUAGCCGGCAGAGGAGUGCAUCUGGACGUGAACUCAAAGGCGUUGUGGAUUCGGUUUCUUCAUCAGUGCUGAGUCGAGGUCGAGGCAAAAAUGAGGAAGGGCGGGGGCACGUGUGGGAUCUACCCGCGAAGGCGUGGAGGGUUGCUGAAGUGCGUCUGGUGCAUUAUUCUCACGUGAAAAGCAGUGAAUGAAUGAUGACAGGCGAGCGAAGAGUGCACGUGGAUGGAACGCCGAGGAUUGCGGAAGUUCUGUCGCUUCACCACUGUCGGAUCGAAAGCGAUGGAGGAGCGAAAAGGCGAGCGAGGAGUGCAUUGCAGAGGAGUGAGGGUGGGUACCAUCCAUUGGAGAGGC